UUUACUUUACCUUUAAACUUUUAAGGGGGCUGUGACAGAUCUUGCGGAGCAGCUUCCCUAUUGGAGAAAGCACUUGGUUGUGCUUGUGGAGUUUCGCUUUUUAAUUUGCUCAGAUUCAGCUUGUUUGUGCAGCUGCACAGCAUUUUAGCUUCCUUCUCAGCCAGCCUGGCUUCAGUGGACUGAAGUCUUUCCUCCUUUGAAGAAAAAUAGCUGAUAGAAAGGAUAUGGCACAGAGAAAAAUGUGGAAGGAGAUGACCGUCACCUCAGAUGGACAUCACUUAAACCCAACCUAUGUCUACAAGGUGGUUCUCUUAGGGAGCAUGGCAGUGGGAAAGUCAAGCUUAGCCUUCCGAUACGUGAAGAAUAGCUUCAGGGAAACAAUGCCAACUGUUGGAUGUUCUUUCUUCAAACAGAUGAUACGUUUAGAGACUGCCAAUAUUAUGUUUGAGAUCUGGGAUACUGCAGGUCAAGAGAAGUACCAUAGUGUUUGUCAUCUUUAUUACAGGGGUGCUAGAGCUGCUCUUCUGGUAUAUGAUAUUUCUAGAAAGGAAACUUUCAACAGAGCAAAGCUGUGGUUGAGGGAAUUAGAGAAGGACUUUCUUCAUGAUGAAAUAAUGAUCAUUUUAGUUGGCAAUAAGACAGAUCUUGUGACUGAACGAGAAGUCACGUCAGAGGAGGGGAAAGAGUUUGCAAGAAGCAAAGGCCUACUGCAUGCAGAAACAUCCGCAAAAUCCAACCAUCAAGUGACUGACGUUUUUAUGGCUAUAGCUCAGAAAUUAUUGCAACAGGAGCAACAGAAGGAGACUAUGCCAGUCCAGUCUCAGUCCUGGAAGAAGUCACAUGUGGAUCUGAGAGCGCCAAACAGUAACCAGAUUAAGAAGUGCUGCAAGAGCUAAAUGAAAUGGCAGUCUGGCCUAGAUUUACCAUUAAAAGGGGUUUAGGGGAAAGGGGGAAGGUGAGUGUGCAAAGACAGGAAGAAGGGAGGCAUUAUGUAUUGGGCUUAGUGCCAAUUUUGAUAUGACAACGAAGUCUUUAUGAUGCAACUGGAAGAUUAUAUGGUUAUUUUUUUAUUUUCACAGUAUUAGUAUUAGAAUAACAAAUUUUCAUAUAGAAACAAUGGCAAGAUAUACAUGAGCUCAAAAAGCACUGCCAAUGACCAUAUUUUCUGUAAGAAAUGUACGCGUUGUAUAAGAAUACAAUAUCUAGCAUUGCCAUAAAAAAAGACAACACUCAAGACAAUGUUCUGCCCUCCGCCCCCAGCCUUGUAAGUUCCACAACACACACACAACUUUGGAAGAAGCUAUUAAAUCACAUAUGCAAGUAAGGCACAGAAUAUGAAGUAUGAUCAAACUAAGAUUUCUCUGCGAACCCUAUAGCAGAUGCUUUCUUGAACAUAUCAUGAUUGGGGGGUGGGGGGAAGGGGAGAGGAGGAGUUCAGCAGGGGAUUUCAGAGCCCCCAACUGCUGGAAUCAAAUUAAAACUAAAAUUCUUAAGUAAUCAUUUAACAGGAAUUUUUUUAGCUCUGAUGACUAUAGAGGAAAGCACAAGAAUAAGAAGAGCAACUUCACAGAUCAGUAUCAAGACUCAAAGAAAAUGGAACAAUCGAAAUAUUAAGCUCUUUGGGGGAUCCUGGCUCAGGAUUUGAGUGUUAGAGGUUGGCAUUACUGCUG